GAGAAAACAGCGACAGCGAGACGGACGGGGGCUGUUUCGGGUAUAUGAUUUUAAAGCCACUCGCGAGCGUACUGAUAUAUGGACGAUGAGGAAUACUAUAAGGACUGACUGAGGAACAGCCUGGAUUUGACCCUGAGUCUUCCUCAUCUGUCAGUCAUGGACUAGAGCAGAGGAUUGAGUUUUAGUGAGUGUGUGACCUCAGACAUAACCAUGGUGGUGAGGUGGUUGCUCAACUCCCAUUGAGAACACAGAAAAUGACAGUGUGAAGCUGCUGGGCAGGCAGCGCAGCCACAUGAUUCGAUGACUCUGGACAUGGACGCGGUCCUGUCAGACUUUGUUCGUUCCACGGGGGCCGAACCGGGUCUGGCACGAGACCUGCUGGAAGGUAAAAACUGGGACCUAAGCGCCGCUCUGAGUGACUAUGAGCAGCUCCGGCAGGUCCACACUGCCAACCUGCCCCACGUUUUCAAUGAGGGCCGUUACUGCAAGCAGCCAGAGCGUAACAACACCCCGCAGCACAUCAGCAAGCCUGAGCAAUGCCUACAGAAACAAGAGGAAAACACUCAAGAGAAGCGUCUGUCUCGGGGCAUCUCCCAUGCCAGCUCUGCCAUCAUGUCUCUGGCCCGGCUGCAGGUGUCAGGGGAUUGUGCCAGGGAGCAGUUCCCCCUGGAAAUGCCCAUCUACACAUUCCAGCUGCCUGACCUGAGCGUGUACAGCGAGGACUUCCGCUGCUUCAUCGAGCGUGACCUCAUUGAGCAAUCCACCAUGGUGGCCCUGGAGCAGGCUGGUCGAUUGAAUUGGUGGUCCACCAUGUGCAUCAGCUGUAAGAAGCUACUUCCACUAGCCACAACAGGAGAUGGCAACUGCCUUCUGCAUGCAGCUUCUUUAGGUAUGUGGGGCUUCCAUGACAGAGAUCUGGUGUUGAGAAAAAGUCUGUAUGCCAUGAUGAAGAGUGGGGCAGAGAGAGAAGCUCUGAAGAGGAGGUGGAGGUGGCAACAGACUCAACAGAACAAAGAGUCGGGGCUGGUAUACACUGAGGAGGAAUGGGAAAGAGAGUGGAACGAAUUGCUGAAGCUGGCCUCCAGUGAGCCACGCACACACUUUAGCAAGAACGGCAACUCCAGUGGAGGAGUGGAUAACUCGGAAGACCCAGUUUACGAGAGCUUGGAGGAGUUUCAUGUGUUUGUUCUGGCUCACGUUCUGAGAAGACCUAUUGUGGUGAUAGCUGACACCAUGCUCAGAGACUCUGGAGGUGAAGCUUUUGCACCCAUUCCCUUUGGAGGGCUGUACCUGCCUUUGGAGGUGCCUCCCAACCGCUGUCACUGUUCCCCGCUUGUGCUGGCCUACGACCAGGCCCACUUCUCCGCCCUAGUGUCCAUGGAGCAGAGAGACCAGCAGAGAGAGCAAGCCGUCAUCCCAUUGACGGACUCUGAGCACAAGCUGCUAGCUCUGCACUUUGCAGUGGACCCUGGGAGGGACUGGGAGUGGGGGAGGGACGACAAUGACAACACCAAGCUGGCAAAUCUUAUUCUGUCACUAGAAGCUAAACUUAACCUUCUGCACAAUUACAUGAAUGUAACAUGGAUUCGAAUUCCAUCUGAAACAAGGGCUCCCUUGGCUCAGCCAGAGUCGCCCACUGCCUCUGCAGGUGAGGACGUACAGUCUCUAGCAGAAUCUAUGGAUUCGGACCGGGAGUCGGUUUGCAGUAACUCCAACAUCAAUAACAGCAAGUCAAGUAAGGAAAAGGACAAGGACAAGCAGAGAAAGGACAAAGACAAAACUCGGGUGGACUCAGUGGCUAACAAGUUGGGCAGCUUUAGCAAGACUCUUGGUAUCAAACUUAAGAAGAAUAUGGGUGGCUUUGGAGGACUUGUCCAUGGCAAGAUCAGCAAGUCCACCUUGACGAAUGGUCGGACGGUAGAGAAUGGAGAGCAGAAGUCUAAGAAAAAGGACUCUAAAACACGAAAAGGGAGCAAAGAGGAGUCCGGCCAGUCGGCCAGCACGUCCUCCUCAGAGAAGGCAACCAGCCCCUCUCCUACAGACCAUGCCUCUGGUAGCUCACCUGUCGAGAGACAGUCCGGAUCAGGCAAAAACUCGGGUGACCGGACUCUGGACAACUGGAAGUACAGCACAGAUGUAAAACUGAGCCUGAACAUUCUUCGGGCAGCCAUGCAAGGUGAGCGAAAAUUCAUUUUUGCUGGGUUGCUGCUGACCAGCCACCGACACCAGUUCCACGAAGAGAUGAUCAGCUUCUAUUUAAGCAGCGCCCAAGAACGCUUCAGUGCCGAGCAGGAGCAGAAGAGGAAAGCUGAGGCUGAAAAGAAAUCUCAGACCAAUGGUGUGGCACUGAAGAAACCUGAACAAGAGAGCAUUUUCCAAAGGGAGCAUUCAGAUAGCUCUCCACCUGAAAGCUGCUCACCAGAACUGCAUCCCAGCCAUAAUCCUACACAGGCUGUGAUGGUCCAAGAAAGGGGAAGUCCAAAGCUUGCUGCUUCCCCCAUCCUAAUACCCAUUCCAACCCCCAUGUCCCCUGUCCCUUUCUCUUCCCCCAGUAAUGGUGCUAAGAGACCCGGACCAGUCCCUGUUUCAGCUCACUAUAGCCAUACACCACCUAUCCAGAGGCACAGUGUCAUCCACCUGAGGGAUGUCAAUAUGCAGUCAUCCAGCUACCAGGAUAAGUCCUACAAGCCAGUGGUGGGCAUGCUCAAGACAUGUGCAACCUACCCCCAACAAAACCGCUCACUGUCCUCUCAGAGCUACAGCCCAGCCCGCAUGUCUGGGAUUCGUACCGUCAAUGCCGUAGACACCCUCCCAUACAACAUGCCUGGGGAACACAAGUCCCACACUUACACAAAUGGCUUCAGCAGUGGUGACAUCCGGGACUGUCUGGAGUUUGCAGACGAGGACCCGGCGCCCCACGCCUGGCUUGGGCCAGACAAAACCAAAGGGCAGAGCUCCAUUUGUCCAAUGUACUGCUUUCAGCAGAAACGCUGCAGGAGGGAGAACUGCACCUUUUAUGGGCGACCUGAGACGGAGAACUUUUGCUCCUACUGUUAUAGAGAGGAGCUAAAACACAGAGAAAGGGAGUUGAAGGUGCACCGGCCCGGAUAGCCCCCCACACAUACAGAUAUACAGCCACCACAAGUGUGUGUGAAAGAACGGCAACACAACCACCUUUUUGCACUUUGCAAUUGAUACAAGAGCUGGCAUAAAAUUUUCCUACUAUAUUUGAGAUCGGCCUCCUUGUAUUCUUGAUACGUUACUCUCAAUAGCGAACAAACACUGCUUUAAGGCUACAGUAUACUUUGGUUUUUCCGAUGCCGCUAUGUAUCACUCACAGAGCGUGCAUCAGCACAGUCUGUGUGGACUGUUGGUGUACAGCCCAGUUUUUCUAGCCUUGCAUACCUGUAUGCAUCUGUGCCAGUCAUUUGCGCAUGCUCCUCCCGUUGACUGUACUAAAUAGUAUCACAAAGCUGUUGCAGUGCGCAUGCAUCGAGCAUGUCCGUACAGGUUUACAGUUAAAAGCGUAUACUUUGAAAGGCUAGAGCACAGUGUGAGAUACAUAAUGGGCCGGUACACGGAAAAACGAAGUAUACCCUAGUCUUUACAGUGACAAGAAGUGCAACCAGAAUCAGUUUACAGCUUUGGCCAGAGAUUGUGUUAUUGUUUGUCUAAUGUCCGAUGAAUUCAAUCUUUUACUUGUUCUAGAGUAAAAGCUCAUGUCUGUGCAUUUUGCUCAGUCUGUGUUGUAAGACUCCUUGUACCUGCAGAAAGAGAUGUUAAAGCAUAUGUCAGUCUCUCUAAAGGGGUUUCCCAAAUCAUGGAAGGGAAAACUCUCUUUAGAGGUCAUUAUAAUGCAAUACUUCACAGCAUAGCUCUUUGGAAUCUCAAUAUUGAAUAGGGUUGAUUUUUGCUGUGCAUUGCAAAUAAUUACAAAGGAAGUAAUUAUAUUACUGUUUAACACUGGAAUUUUUUUUGAAAGCAAUAAGUUUGGUAACAACCACAAUCCCUUCCUCCUUUUUUAUCUAUGCAUUCAUAAUAUCAGCCAUAUUCUACUUUUUACCCAUAUAAUUCUAUUGGAUGUGGAUGGGAUUCGUAGAGGUCUGCUGUUAAAAGAUCAUUAUAGUGGAAAUACUCAAUAUGUGGCAUAUCAAAAUGUGCUUUCAGAUUGACCUUCUGGUAUAUAUAUAUAUAUAUAUAUAUAUAUAUAUAUAUAUAUAUAUAUAUAUAUAUAUAUAUAUAUAUAUAUACUGACUUUCCAUCUUGCAGCAUAUUGUAAUAUAAAGCCUUUUCAUAGAAGGGUUUGCAUUCCAUGAUGAAAUCAAAUGAAUCCUUACUAUUGUGUACUACUUGACAUCUGAUACAGUGAGUUGACUUCCAUGCAGUGCUGUCUGUAUUUGCAAUAUAUUACAGAGUCAUGCUAGUAAAUUCUAAAUUACACCUUAAAAACAUCUAACUUGAGGAUAUAAGUAUGAAAUGCAAACCCUUAUAUGCUUCAGCAGUGGACUAAAGGUGGAAAGCUUGUUAAACCUUGUACGUGUCAGCUGUUUAUUACCUUCAUUAAUGGCACAGUUCGGCUAUAAGUGGCAACUGUUCAUCAACAUUCUCUAGCACUCAUGCUAACACUGCCGUACUAGCCUCUCAUGUGUCAAAAAAGGUCGCUCAUUUCAUUUGUCCUCUUAUUAGCAAAAUUGGAUAUUUCAAGGUACAAAUCUACCUGUUACAGGUUAGCAUUCUAAAAGCAUUAUUUAUUUCUGAUAACAUUUUUCACAGCAGUCUAACACAGUGUCCUAAUUAGGUGUAAUGUGACAAGGUACCAGUGACCAAAUUCAGUGUGGCACGACAAAAUUCAUAGCCAAUCUGAACAUAUCUACUGGGUGUUUAAUAAACAACUAUUUAGAGCAGUAUUUUGGACCAAUUCGAUUUCACUGUGGGUUAAGUUACCCAGUGUAUUGCAACAAAAAUAGAAACAAAGCAUCUGACAAAAUGCCUUGUUGGGUGCGUUGCUUGAACGAAAAAUCAUUUUAUUUAUGGCUUUUAGCAUUCCGCGUAGUCAGGACACAUUGUUAACCUUGUACUUCAGAUUACCACAAACACAAAUGUAAAAUUCGGCAUUUCAAGGUACAAAGAUACAUGUUAGCAUUUAUUUUUGACCGCAUAGAUAAAACAUUGACCACUGCAGUGUAAAAUGUUUUUACAAAACAGCUAUAUUCAUGGGUAAUGUCUAACUAUCCACCAAACAAACAAUGGUUUCACAGUUAAAAAGCACUAGUCCUCAUUGUGUGCUAGGAAAUCAGGAUGCUACACAUAACUCUGCCACUCAAAACACCACAGAACUUUGUGCGAUUCAAUAAGCGCACUAGCCACUUUGUGUGCCUCUACUAAGCAAAGGCCCCACCAAGUGCUUUUGUACUCCACAGUCAAGAUUAUCGUAAGAGCAACGCUUGUUGUAUUUUGCUGUGCGGUGAUGUCCAGGUAACCCACGCUAUGUCUCAGUGAGUGUGUUUUGUCUUUCCUGGCCAAGGAUGUCCACUGCUUCCUUUGUCCACCCCCCCCCCCCCCUUAGAAUUGUAAAAUAUGAUUUUGUAUUCAUUUAAGAGUUUUACACUAAAUUAUUAAUUUGCACAUUAGGUACCAAUGUAAAUAGAAGGAGAAAAAGAGACAAAAUAAGAUUAGUUUAUUGUUAACAACAGUGUCCGUGUGGUUCUUUUUAUUGUUUUUCUCUAAGCAAGGUGUGCGCAUGUGUGUCUACAUCUUUGUGUGCCUGUGUGUGUGUUUUUUCUCAAUGUCUUGUAAUUUGAGAAGUGCCCUAGGCUGCUGUUUCAGUCUACAAUACAACACCCACAUUAGACUGUCUGCCGUCUCAUAUGAUUAAUUUAAUGAGACUGGAACAGAUUCCUGUAAAAAAAAAAAACGUGCAUGUCCUGUUCGGUUGCAGUAGUUGCUGUCAGUUGUGGAACACAGCCUAAGACACAAGUAUUUAGUAUGAGACAGCUCUAAACAGCUGCCUCACAUGUCACCUGUCUAACAUCUGCCAGAAGGGUCUCAAACUGACAAUAAACUCCCUGUGCUGCAUGUUCACUUACGACAGACAUUCUUUGCAUACUGUACAUAGAUGGAUUUGAGGCCUGGUAUUUAAAACAUGUCACUUAAAAGUGUGCCUUGUUUCUUGGAAUAAGAGAUAAAUAAUGUGGUUAUGGACUCAAAAAUGGGAGGCAGUCACCCUUCAAAAGUGUAUUGGGAAAGAAAAAUCUAAAAUGAGAUUUCUUCGUUUUUUCUAGAAGAUAGCAAGAGACCAAAUAAAGACUUUUACUUAAAGGAAUA